AUGUCGAUUGCUGAUGUUCAAGCCUUAAUUGGUCACGAUGUGAUUCUACUUGUUGGGUCACCAUUAUCGGGCAAGGGUACGCAAGGAAAACUUCUUGCCAAAGCCCUUGAUCGGCCAUACGUAUCAUCCGGAGAUCUCUUUCGUGAUGAAGUGGCAAGUGGAAGUGCACUGGGUCAGCAGAUAAAAACUUACAUGGAUUCUGGUGAGUUAAUUCCUAACGAUCUUACAACAACAUUUCUCACUACCAAAUUAAGCGAUUCAAUUUAUCACAAAGGCAUGAUCUUGGACGGUUAUCCUCGUAACAUAUCUCAUCUUCCUAUCCUUGAGAACAUAUUGACAAAGUUGAAUCAACGCAUCUUCAUAGCAAUCUAUUUGGAUGUAUCCAAGGAGCAGCUCAACAAACGUCGUGCGCAGCGUGGUCGAACUGAUGAUGACGCUGAUACUUUUGAACGUCGAUACGCAGUCUUUCAAGAAGAAACAUUGCCUCUGAUUGACGUACUCAAAUCAAGAAAUCAACUUAUCAAGAUCGAAUGCCAUUCUAAAUCUUCUGCCGAGAUCAAUCAACAAACACUUUCAGAGUUGAUAUCUCUGUGUAAAUAG